UAAAUACAAUUAUUGUCACAAAAACAAAGCAUAAAAAAGCAAACUUUCCAUCACUUGUUCAUUAUUUUGUCUAUAUAUCUUUCUUCCAUACUCCCAAAUUAUUCCUUCAAAAAAAAAAAAAGUUGUUUCAAAUGAGUUCAAAAAAACUUGUGACUUUUGAACUUUCUUUCUUCUUCUUGAUUUUAUUAUUAGGGUUUUCGAGUGCAAAUCUCGAUAAAGAUAGAGAAGAAUGUGCUAACCAACUCGUCGGUUUGGCCACGUGUCUUCCUUAUGUCAGCGGAGAGGCCAAAUCUCCCACACCGGAUUGUUGCACCGGUCUGAAAGAAGUUUUAGAUAAAAGCAAGAUAUGUCUAUGCAUCCUGGUAAAAGACAGAAAUGACCCUAGCCUUGGGCUUAAGAUCAAUGCUACACUUGCACUAAGCCUCCCUACUCUAUGUCAUGCUCCACCUAAUAUGUCUAAUGUAUCUAUGUGCCCCGAAUUGUUGCAUUUGGCACCAAAUUCACCAGAUGCUAAGGUUUUUCAAGAUUUUGCAAAGAGUGCAAAAGGAAGUUCUGCUGCUCCAUCUGCACCAGUUAGUGGGAACUCUAGUGGAAAACCAGCAAAUUCUUCAACAAAUGAUAAGAAUGAUGGAGGACAUAAAAGGAGAUGGAUGGGAUUUGUGGAAAUGACUAUGGGCUUUUUGGUCAUUUUGAUGCUUUCAUAUCUCACCUAACUUUUUAACAUAUAAUUAUUGUUUUUUUUUUCUAAAAAAAAGAAUCACAUUUGUACUUUUUUUUUUUACCUUUUUGUGUUUCCUUUUGUGUUGUUGGCUUUUAUUAGUGUGUCUUUUGUUUUCUUAUUUUGCAACUCUAGAUUUGUAAUCUUCAAUUCUUUGGAAUCUUUUUUUUCUUUUAGCUAUCAAAAAUAGAAAAAUAUAUUUGCUAUGUGUGAAAAAAAAAA